UCUUUCUUUUUUGGAAUUCGAUUGAAGACAACAACAUGAGUUCCCUUAAGUUGCAGAAGAGGCUUGCAGCCUCGGUGAUGAAAUGUGGUAAAAAGAAGGUUUGGUUGGAUCCAAAUGAAACCAACGAAAUCGGCAACACAAAUUCACGUCAAAACAUUCGUAAAUUGAUUAAGGAUGGUCUUAUCAUUAAGAAGCCUGUCGUAGUGCACAGUAGAUUCCGUGUCCGUAAAAAUACAAUUGCUCGUCGUAAGGGACGUCAUUGUGGAUAUGGUAAACGUAAGGGUACAGCAAAUGCAAGAAUGCCAGUGAAAUUCCUCUGGAUGACUCGUAUGCGUGUACUUCGUCGUCUCCUUAAGAAAUAUCGUGAAGCAAAGAAGAUUGAUCGUCAUCUUUAUCACGAUUUGUACAUGAAGGCAAAGGGUAAUGUUUUCAAAAACAAACGUGUUCUUAUGGAACAUAUCCAUAAGAGAAAGGCAGAAAAGGCACGUACCAAGAUGUUGAAUGACCAAGCUGAAGCCCGCAGAAACAGAGUUCGUGAGGCUAGAAAACGACGUGAACAGAGAAUCGCAAAUAAGAAACAAGAACUUUUGCAAACAUUCGCAAAGGAAGAGGAAGCAGCAGCAGCAGCAACACCAGUCGCUAAGAAGUAAAUUAUGUCAAAUAAUUUUAUUGAAAUUUCCAUCAUUUAAACAAUUUGUGAAAACAUAAAAGAUUUUCAAAUAAAAAACUAUAUUGAAAAUUCAUAUAAA